GGGGGGGGGGAUAAAACGAAUAAUAGUUUCUAGUUUCUACGUACUUACAACACAAAUAAAAAAACAAAAGAAACACAUUCUAGUCUUCCAGUUUCUUACACUGAGAGUUACAUAAGAUAUACUAAAGCUUAAAAAUUAAGCUUAUUGUUGUAAACGGAUGAGAAGAUGGGAAGAUAAGCCUAUGUCAGGAUUAUACCACAGAAGGGUAAAUCCUAGCUAUCAAGAAUUGUGUCGACGAGUCAGGCAGGUAGAGUCCUUGCCAUUAGUCAGUCAUUCAUUCGAUAGGAAUAACGAUCGUAUUUGUACAUGGAAUAAUCUACCUCACGUAUCCAAAGGACAAAUCGACUGAAGUGAUAUGUAUAAUAAUAAUACUAUCCUUUACAUGUAUGAUGAUAAUGUAUUAUGAUGUUAUAUGAAAUAACCAAAAUAAACGAACAAAACAUCUAACCAAUAAAUCGAUAUAGGUUUCAGCAAAAAAAAAAUAGCACAUAAAAAGAAUAAUAUGAAGUUAUAGUAUGAAAUAUUAUAAUUAUCAAAACCAACAUGAAAAUAAUCUGAUAUUACUGCUCCUAGAUUGAUCGCGCUUCGGGUAAAAAAGAACAUUAGUUGUUAUAUUUCCUUGCUCUUACAACUUUUUGUUUGAAAGCAGGCUCGUCCUUGCCAUUCGUUUUACGUCGUAUAUGUCCAUGAGUAAUUCACGUCCUUGCCUUUUCUCUUGUUUUUAUCUUUCAGAGGUACCUCUCUAUUUAUAUACAUGCCUUACUAGGGCGGGAGGAGAGGGGGUUGGUUCGUUGUACCUUAUAUUACACAUACAUGGCCAUGAACACGGACUAUUGUUUAUGUAUACAAACAACGGAAAUAUUUAGACCACGGAUAAAGCCGGUAUCAACAAGGACCUCCCGGUUCCUACAGGGAGCCACCCGGUUGCAUUCGGUAGCUACACGGAUAAGGUGGCUACACGGAUGGACACUGAUGAUUAUCCGUCCGUCUUCUCCUGGAUGAAAAUUGAACAUGUUCAAUUUUUCUCCCGGAUAUGCCGGUACACCAAGGAUGGCGCCGGAUGAGUAGCCGGUGUGUACACGGUAAUCCCGGACUGUACGCGGAUGACUCCGGAUUGACAAUCCGGGAUGAUCCGUGUUGCUUCCGUGAAGGUGUAAAAGCGGGGAUACAAAAAAUCACCUUCGACAAGUCUGAAUUAAACGCUUCUAUUUAUUGCCAAACAGUGCGUGGUCUAUAGAAACGAAACUGAUCAUUAAACAAUAGCACUGCAAAUACAUAUCGCCGAGUUUUAAAUGCUUCUGCGUUAUAAAUUCAUCACGACUAUAAGGUCAUGUUACUUUGGCUAGGGUUUGUUGUUUGAUCUUUGCACUUACCACGUGUGGAGCACUCACGUAAGUCGAUAUGCAAACAUUGAUACCGGCAUUUGUUUCUUCUCCAAAUUGGGGAAAAGCAUGUGGAGGUAUCAUUGCUAUAUAUAGCUCUCAUUUAGAAUUAUCCGCAGUUGAUACGAUUAUGCUGGACAAUCGUUUUUAAAAGAAAUAUCUAGGCAAUCGUGUUGUUGGCAUCCCUGCAAUAAUUUUGAUUUCAAAAAAAAAUAUCCUAUAUAGAUAUUGCGUUUGAAAGUCUGAAAGUCGAGGGGGGGGAUAAAAUAGCCCUGCCUGGUAAAAUAAAAAGGAAAUAAAGGCCGGGAAUAAAGGUGAUAUUGGAUGCCUGUAUAAUACUGCCAAUGAUUUCCAUCUGAAGAUCAAAAUUCUAUGGCUUGGACUCGGAGUUGCGUCCUUUUCUCGCCAGAAUAGAAUUGAGAUUUAUCGUCAGAAGGAAUCUUUUAAAGUGUUGUGAACGCUAACUUUUCCAUGUCAAUUUUUUGGGGGUGAUGAAGAGGGAGAUUAGAGCGAUCCCUCGAUUAUCUUGCCUUCCAAUCGUUUUGCAGUCAGGGGUGGAGCUUACGAUGCUCUAGUCUUCAUGAAUGACUGCUAACUGCACUGAAUGCCUAUCGCCACGCCCACAAAAUGCACUAUUGAUAGAAAGAAGCAGGGACUUUACAGAACGCACCUUGUAACAAAAAAAAAAUAAAGGCUUUAUUGACUGCAGUCCAACAAUGGAAUCAUACGUGAAAACAACAACAAAAAACGACCGAGACACUCACCCCUGUGAUUUGCUGCUCAUCUAUUGCGACAUAAAAAGUCAUCUUCCAGUAUAAAGAGUGGAACAAUCAUUUAAAACACUACAGUUGUACAGAUUCUGGCGGUUAAACAGUAUGAUUAUAACCUCAAUGCAGUUUGAUUGCAAUCAGGUCAAAAUAUAAAGUAUAGUGACUUUCGUUCAACGUAUCAUCUUUUUAAAGACAUUCGAUCGAACUUUCGGGACAGCCCAACCAAUCCUAAUAAUAUACUCUCAAAUAGACGUCUAGAGUAUUAUUACGAAUGGUAGAACCAUGCUAGAACAGUGGUGAACUGAUGGUAUUUAAGAUGCUGAAACGUGGAGAGCAGAGAGACCAUUGUUAAUAUCGAGAACAUCUAGAUGCAGUAGUGUAUGAAAUCACUUGAAAUAAUAACGAUGCACAGUCAAUACAUCUCAUCAAACAUCAAAUUAUCACUGCCUAAUGUCAAGUUAUUGACAUCAGCUACAUUAUGUGUAUUAACAGUAUGCCUGGUGUUUCGAAUCAUUCGUUCUCUGUGGUUCAAGAAGGGAGAUGGAAGACGGCGCCCCCCUGGACCCAAGGGACUGCCCCUCUUAGGCUCACUUCUGGAUCUACGCUACGACGUUUUGAUGAAAUUGAAGCAAUUCGCCCAAGAGUAUGGAAGCAUUUACACCAUAAACUUGGGACCAACAAGACUGGUUGUCCUCAACGAUAAGGAUUCCAUUAAGGAAGCUUUCGUGACCAACGCAGCAGACAUGAGUGACCGUCCACAAGCUAUGCUGGAUACUCUUCAACAAACAAGAGGAAUCAUCUUAAGACAACCAGGUCACCUCCAUCGUCAACACCGAAAUUUCCUCUCCAACGGUUUUCGGCUCAUCAAACUAGGAGUCCCAGAGUUCAGUUUUCACAUCCAUCCACACAUCGACAAGUUCAAAGACAAAUUAAUCUCUUCAGAAGGCCAGAGUGUGCAGAUAUGUCCAAUCAGUCACUGCCUCCUAUUUGAAAUCUUUACCGACUUGAUGCUAGGCGAGGUUCCCGACUCUAAUUCUGAGGAGGUCAAAAAACUAUUGGAUGUCCUGUAUAAGGCACUGUCACCAAACCCGAUGUUGGUGUUAGCAGGGAAAGCUAUUCCCAAGUGGCUAAAGUCUGCUCUGAGUGACUGGAUUGACAUGUCAGACUCUCUUUCAAAGGUUACCCUCUACCUCAGGGAACAUAUCCAGGAGCACAGGAAAACCUACGAGGGUGAUCCCCAAAACCUGAUUGAUGCUUUCUUGUUGAAAGAACAGCAAGAAUUGGACAAAUAUAACAGACUAAGGAAAGAUGAUAUCGGUAGCAGUGGGGGAAAAAGUGACCAAGAGUCUCCCGAGACAUCUCCAAGGGUGACAUCAGUCAUGGUGAAUGACCAAGAGGAAAAUGAAAAAAAUCUUGCAGCUAUUUUAAUGGAUGUAUUUCAGGCUGGAUGCACUAGUAUUGUUGCUUCUUUGCAGUGGCUCCUGCUAGAUCUAGCACUUCAUCAAGAUGUCCAAGAGAAGAUGAGGAAGGAAAUAGACGGAUAUGUUGAGGAAAGAAACCACAGGCCCUCUCUUCUCAUAAGAAGUGACAACUUUCAUUAUACCAAGGCAGUGAUGUUGGAGAGUCUUCGCCUUCAUCCUCCUGCUCCACUGGGAGCACCACACUGUGCUGCACGAGACACCAAACUUGGCGGUUUUCACAUCGAUAAGGGCACCAUAAUACUCUCAAAUCUAUUGAGUGCUUUACAAGACUCCAAGCAAUGGAAGGAUGCUGGUGACUUUCGACCAGAAAGAUUUCUCAAUGAAGAUGGCACCCUAGAAAAGAGAGACACCCUUGGGUUUUCAACUGGACCUCGUCUGUGUCCUGGAAAGCUCCUGACGAACACAGUUAUUAGUUCCAUCUUGACUGAAAUCAUACAAGACUUCACAUUUCACUUACCACCAGAUCACAAGUUCUCCCUCAAAGGAAUUCCUGGAAUCGUCUACAAUCCUCAACCCUUUUCCAUCAUUGCUAAACAACGACAGAGAUGAUCUACAUAUGGGGUUCUUUGAAUUAUCCCACAAAGUACAUAUUUCUAAAAAAUGUUUUGCAAAUAAAGUUUUUAGCCUUUCUUAUUCAAAACAUACUCUUUCGAUUGAAUAUGUUCUGAACAACCAGUAAUUCAUUUCAGCAAAUAUUUCGACUUUUUGUUAGUUUCGUUGGCUUUCCUUUUCUAAUUUACUGUCCAAAUGAAUGUCAUCAGAUUAAAUGUUCAUAAAAAGUCUGCAUGCUUCUUAUCCCCUUUCCUUCAGGAAACAAUCAAAUCUUUCCCCCACAGGAAAUCAUCAAGGAUUAAUUUCUAAUUAUUAAAAAAAAAUCUUCAAGGAAACACCCACAUCAAACAACCUAAUUUUGUUUAAUUUUCGCCACUAAGCUGUAGGUUCUGAGGGUGCAAAAGGGAAAUAAAGAUAUUGUUUUUGCUUCUAUAAGCAGAAUGAAAUGCAUUAUAAAACAUGAUGAAACCAAGUUAUUUACGCUUUCAUAUCUUCUGAAAAAACAACAAAAAAUAACAAGGAAUUGAUACCCGCCAUGGUACAUUUUUUUAAUUUGGACAUUAAAUAAAUGAAAAUACACAAGGAGAUAAUCUGAAGUGAAUAUAUCCAAAUGUAUGGGCUGCAUUCUAAACCUGAAGCAUAAACAUGUGGUUUUUCAAAAGAAGAAGAUUCACAUUUAAAAAGGGUAAAAAGCAGUAUGUGCUUACAGACUUUUUUAGAUUCAUUCAUUUACAUUUGACAUUUAUCAGGAUGAAGCAAAAGAGGUUCUUAACAUGGAUACAAAGCAAGAAUUAUCAAUGAUCCACUUAAGGAAUUAAAUACAUUUAUUUUCAAAAUAGCAUAGGUGUGGUUAUGUGCAUAUAUCUUAACUCACCGUAAAUGUCACUUUAUCUGAUGUGUGUGGGAGGUCUUAUCGGUCUGAGAGGAGAAAAUCAAUGAAGUAGAAACAAGCCCUUCUUGUGGGAAGAAAUUUUAUAUUUUACCUUGUUAAGAGGAUGCAUAUAAGCCAAACGCUUAAGUCUUACUAUACCUGAUAACAAUGCUAUUUUUAAUUCUCUUCCCUCCCUUUAUUUCCUGCAUCAAUCUAAAUAUAAAUUGCUGUUGGAUCUUGCAACUGAUUUUUUUGUCUAUCAUUUCAUUGCUGGUGUAUAAUUUGUCUUACAAUCUUAAUGUCUUUGUUUCACCACUUUUCAAAUGAAAAUUCUGCAUUACAUUAAAACUUCAUAACUCAUUUUUCAGUCAAUUCUAAUGAAAGGUGUAAAAAUCCACAACUUCACCAGAAUAGGAUGUUAAAGGUUAUUUCAAAGCUUUGCAUAGACAUGUAUAAUUACACAUUUAGUACGCAAAUCAGUGAGUAAAAUCCCACCCCACAAAACGCACACACAUAUUCCUUGUUAAAAUCAUAUCUUAUUACACAAAAUUUUAAAUUUCAUUUCAAUGGAGCAGUAUGGUUGGUAUUCUCAUGUCAAUUAUCAUUAUCAUUAUUAUUCAGUGUGAAACAUGUAGCUUUUUUGUUGUACAGUCUAUGAAAUUUGAUAUAUUUGAAAUAUAAUAAAGCAAAUCCUUAAAGCAUAAUGGUACAUGAUGUAAUCAAAUCUGCAUUUUCAUAUCAGGUAAAAAUUGUAUAUUGCAGUUUAAUUUAAAAAAGGGUGAAUAUAAAAUGCUAUUCUUUAUUUCAUAUUGAUUCUAGAUUAUUAAUUAUGGUUAUUUAUUGUAUUCAAAUCAACUUGAUGUAUGUAUAGGACAGACUGUUUCAUAUAAUUUUCAUAAUUUAUUUCUUCUUGUUCCCUCUCUCUCCCUUUCUACAUCUCUCUUUCCAUAGAAAAAUCUGGAUUUUCAUUUUUUGUUGUUGAAAAUGUUACAUAUAGGAUUUAAGUUUAGCUAAGACUAUAUUCACAUCUUCAUUAGAUUAACACAUAUUUUUUUUCAGUUUGACUACUUUCAAUGAACACAGCUUUCUUAUACACAGUGACUUUAGAGAAGCCUUUCCUCUCAGUAUCUGCAUGUGUGUGUAUUUGAAUUUUUUCAGAUGUGUAUCAAUAAAAAAUUAUUAUUUACACCUGGGACAGACCUUUAACAUCACCAUCCAAAAGACAUGACCAGGGUAAUGAUGUCAUCAGUCCCCUCAUUGCAUACUGACAAGGAUGUGAAUAUAAUUGUUUUGUGAAAUUAAGGGAAAAUUUGAAAUGUCAUACCUGUUAUUUUAUAUCCAAUUUAUAAGAAAUAUUCAGUGUUAUGCUUGUUGGGGUGCAGUUGUUUCAGGAGUUUAAUAUUUUUGGAUGACUUCAGGAAGACCGUUCCAUAGCUAUAAUACUAGAAAAGCACAGAAUAUUAUGCUCAGUGAAAAAAAAAAAUAUUGCUUUAUGUCAUCAAUCAUUAAAGUGAGUCAAUUAAUACUAUGAGGUAAGGUUUCAUAGCUAUGAUAUUGCUUAGAUUUAAUGGUAUGUAUGUUUCAUUUCAAUUCAUCAUGUUUUUGUAUUUCAUUGAUCAUUUAAGUCACAAACAAUAUAUGCACUGUUUCACUGUGCAUUAUAUUUGAUAAGUGUAUUACACUGUGUAGUGUGUACUAUUUCAAGUGUGCAUCACCCUUAGGGUGACGUUCGUUUUUCAGAAGGUUCGUUAUUCCGAAAGGUUCAUUUGUCUGAAAAGGAAAGGUUUGUUAGUCCGAGAGUGUAAAAAGGCUUGUUAGUCCAAAAAAAGCUGGUAACGCUGGCUGGGAUGGCUGUUUUGCCUCGCGCCACAUCCAUAAAAGGGAGAUUGAUGCCCUUGAUUGAGGUCUUAAUUGCUCCUAUUCUGGUCCAAAUAAUACUGCCCCAUACGCAUGCAGCAGGCCGGCAUUUUCAGGUUUGUUAGUGGUAAACAUUUAAUCAAGAAUGUAUCUUUUACUAGCAAUUUGAACUUGAACAAGACAAUUUUAAAAUGCACCAAUACUUCUCCAGCAAAAUUUACAGGUCUGGCAAGGAAAGAUAAAACAUAUCUAAUAGGCCCUAUUGAUUCUUGUAUGAAAAUAAACUAGUCCCAUAAGCCUAUGACCACCCUUUUCAGACUACCGAAUCUUAUUUCAUUUUUUGAUUAGCAAACCUUUGGAUUAUUAAACCUUAUUUCAUUUUCGGAUUAACGAACCUUCGGAGCAACAAACCUUAUUUCAUUUUUAGGUUAAAACCUUCAGAAUAAUGAACCUUAUUUCAUGAUAAGAUUAUUAACAAACCUUUAGAAUAAUACCACAAGUGUUUACAUUUACAAGCUUUUUGAUCAUUUUUGGACUAACAAACAUUAAGGUACAUGUAUAAGCAAUUUACGUGUUUCAGAAUUACGAACCUUCAGGCUAACAAACCUUCGGAAUAACGAACUGUAACCAACCCUUACAUGUGUAAAAAAAAAUUGCUAUAUCAAGAACACCUCCCAAAGUUUUGAUCAAUCCCAUUUACCAAUGUUCAUCAAUUGGUAACUUAUCUGCUGUUCAGUAGCUAUAUAGUAAUGUUUUGUAUUCAAAUAUAAUGACCACAAUUAUGUACUGUUGGUUCUCUGUAUAAAACUUUGCAUAUCCAUGUGGAUUAAAUUCCUUUGGGAUAUUGCUAAGUAUGCUCAAAUUUAUCCCUAAAUUUUGAGCAUAUUUCUUUGUGAAGAAAUUAAUGGAGUCAUUUGGUCCAGUUGCCAGGGGCUGUAUUCUGAAAAUUGUCUAAAAUAGAAGUAUUCUUGUAUCUUUACAGUUACAAUAAAAUCUGUAUUCUG